AUGGAAGGUCAAGUACAAAACGGGCGUCGCCCAGCGAAAGUCUCAAAAUCGUCUGGGCAGACCAAAGCCCAGAAAACGGAUGAUUCGAUUAUGGGUACCAAUAACAGCAGUAUUGUUUCCAAACGCAGUGUUGAACGUCUCUACUUUCCAAAUGAGCCACAUUUCUUUCGUUAUUUCGUCAAAAAACCCCUUAGGCGAUCCCCUCUCAUAAAUCGUGGAUAUUGGCUACGUAUGAAGGCCAUUGACCAUGUAGUGAAACAGUUCCUGGAGCAGAAGUCUGAAAAACAAAAGGUUGUUAUCAAUCUGGGAUGCGGAUAUGAUCCUCUUCCAUGGCAAUGUAUGAGUAGAUAUCCUGCUGCUUCUCAAGGUGUGAAGUUCAUCGAUAUCGAUUACAGAGAUUUAAUGAUCAAGAAGCGAACGGUGGUACAAAAUGCACCAGAGCUCAAUUCUAUGGUCACUAAUCUGGAUAUUGUUCAAAAUGGUGACAUGUUGCUCAGUAGUGAUCAGUACUUGCAACUGGGAUGUGACUUACGAGAUCUUAAGCGGCUUGAAGAAACUAUAUCAAAAGUUGUGGAUAUAGAGAAAUGUUCAUUCUUGUUCACGGCAGAGGUCUCAAUCACAUAUAUGCCUACAGAGGCAGCAGAUGCAUUGAUACAAUGGGCAAAUAAACUACCCGAUGCUCGUUUCUGUCUUCUAGAGCAAUUACUUCCAGAAGAAAUAAGUCAUCCCUUUGCCAAAACAAUGAUGGCACACUUUGACAAGCUCGGUACGCCUUUAGGCGCCUGCAAGAAAUACCCAACUGUGGCGGCGCAAGACAGACGUUUCCGCUCUUUGGGGUGGCCAUCAGUAUUAGUUCGCAAUCUAUGGGAGCUUUGGGGAGCCGAAGAUUUUCUAGAUUCUAGUGAAAGAAUUGCUUUGGACAGCGUUGAACCUUUCGACGAGUGGGAAGAGUUUGCUUUAUUUGGCUGUCAUUAUCUAUUGCUCGUCGCAGACAAUGUGAGUGAAGCGAAUCGUGAAGCGAUUCAAGAGAGCUCUAAGCAAAAAUUAGAUGACUUUAAGACUAGCUGCACUGAAAGCACAUAUUCUGAAUAUCCAAAAUCUCAAGGCCAACGAAGAUUUGCAGCUCCACUCUCCCUAAAAAGUGACAGAAAGGGCCAAGAUCUCAUUGGUAACUUUUCAGGCAUGGGUCUCAAUACUCGAGUCAGUAGUUGCGACUUGUAUUCUACAGAUGUACAUGGUUUCAGUUCAUUCGAUUAUCAAGGUUCUCAUUCAUGGCCAUCAAGUCGCAUGUGCCACACUAUCACCGAAAUUGGCGAUGGUGGAUCUCUAUUAGUUGGUGGUAGAACGUCGCCAGAUAAUUCGAUUGCGGACUGUUGGGUGUACCAUAAAUGGUUGAACACUUGGGAGAGAGUUGAAGAUCUCCCUCAGCCAAGAUACCGCCAUUCGGCUGUUCAUCUUGGCAAUGGUUAUGUGAUGGUGAUUGGAGGCAAAAGCACUUCAAGAACUCUUGUCGAUGAUAUCAUGAUAUGGAGCCGACAGGGUGGAUGGGUGAAAUGCAGCAUAGAUUCAAACAAGCGGCCAUCAUCUACUAUUGGUUCUGCUCUUGUUAUCUAUCCUAAAGCAUUGCCAUCUAAUCCUCCAGGGUCAAGCGUUGGAGUUAUUGCUGGUGGCAUAGCUGAAGAUGGACUAGUCCAAGAGGAGGUUUGGGAAUGGAGUAUACCGCAACAUAUAGGGGAGCAACCUUCCAUCCUUUUCGCACUUCUUGGAAGUCCCAAGACAAAGGCCGAAAACGGGGCAACUAUUGCCCGUUUUGGGGCACAAGCACUGAUCCACCAAGGCAAUAUCAUCGUUGUAGGCGGUAUUGUAAGAGAUAUUCUAUUGCCCCUUUCACAUGAGAUAUGUGGCAGUAGUAUUGAAGGUAUGAAGAGAGCCGGACUCUCUUGCUCAAGCCUAUCGACGAAUUUUGAACCACGACCGCUUCUCGUUGGAACUUCUGCAAUCUCCAAUGGUGAUAACAUCAUAAUUAUGGCCGGUUCAGCAGUAUGCUUUUCAUUUGGAACAUUCUGGAACAAGGGCUGCUAUACGUUGACCACAAAGUAUUCUGGCGAUCCCACAUCCGGUGAAAAUGCAACGAACGAUGUUUUGUGUGCGCCAUGGAGAUUUGUGCAUGACUUUGAUGGUGCCGCUGCUCCUAAAUCCACUCCUACCAACCUCUCAAGCUCGGCUCCAGGAACCCAAACUCUGAUCAAAGUAUCACGGGUCAAGAUAAAUUCAUCUGUAGAGUUUGACAAAAUUCUUGACGCCAGCAAACCCGUCAUCUUUGAAGGACUCGAUAUCGGUGUUUGCACUAAAGAAUGGACCUCGGAGUAUCUGAAGGACAAAGUUGGUACGGAUAGAGAGGUCAUUGUGCACGAAGCAUCAUCAGAAAAUAUGAACUUUAGCUCGAAGAACUUCGCGUAUGUAACAAAGAAGUUUGGCGACUUCUUAGACGAGGUAGAAAAGGGAAGUAAGCUCUAUCUACGUUCACUAUCUGCAGAAAAGGCAUCGGAACUCCCUGCCGAUAUUGUGAAAGAUUAUCCUGCGAUUGCGGCGGAUUUUAAGUUGCCUUCAGAAUUGGCGUCUGUUACGGAUAACGCACAUAGCUCUCCUCUACGUAUCUCCGGACCCGUGAAUAUGUGGUUACAUUAUGAUGUCAUGGCCAACGUUCUCUGCCAAGUCAGGGGCUCUAAACGCCUUUUACUCUUUCCACCCUCCGAUGUCAAAUAUUUCGACUUCGCCCCUGGUGCUUCAAGCUCAGGUAUCAAUGUUUUUGAAAACCUCAGCGAUCCUAUCCUCUCACAUACGCACCCACACGAAGUCUUACUUCAACCGGGCGACGUACUAUUCCUCCCUUCGCUCUGGUUACAUACCGCCUCACCCACCUCUGGCAUAAGCGUCGCUGUCAACGUCUUCUUCCGCAAUCUCCGAAAUGGAUAUGCGGCAGGCAAAGACGUAUACGGUAAUCGCGAUCUCCAAGCUUAUGAGAAAGGAAGACAAGAUAUUGCAAAGAUUGUGAAGUCUUUUGAAAGUCUGCCUGCGGAUGUUCGAGGAUUCUAUUUACAGAGAUUGGCAGAUGAGUUUGUGCAAAAGGCUACGUAG